AUGCUUUCUUUGAUUGCUCUAAGUAACUUUUCAAUAUUGAUCAUUUGUUUAUAUUUAUUAUUCUAUUCUCCAUAUCGUAUACGUAAUUGGAAUGGUUUUAUAAUAUUAUUUGUUACAUUUAUAAUGCAUUUAAUAUUUAAAUGUAUUUUACCAUUUUGCCAAAUGUAUCUUUUAUAUUUUCUUAUAUUUAUUGAUAUUAAUUCUUUCAAUUGUUUUUAUCAUCCAAUAAUUAUUUUUUAUAGUGUACUUGAAUCAUUCUUCUUUUUAUUUACUAUUGAACAAGCAAGAUUAUUAAAUAACUAUUCUUUACCUAAGCGUCCUCAAUUACCAAAUAAUUAUGAUGAACAAUUUAUUGAUAGAAUUUUAAAUGUUUAUGGAAAAUCUCAAGAUGAUUUUCGAAUUAGUUUUGUUGGAUGGUUUAAUGGUAUUAAAAAUUCAUCUUGUGAUUUAAUUUAUGAAGAAAAUAUUUUAGAAUAUAUAGGUAUGGCAACAUAUGGUGUCAAAUAUGGGGAUGAAAUGACUGAUAAACAAAAAAAACAUAUUCAACGAUUAUUAUAUAAAGGAUAUUUAAAAAAAUAUCCUGAACAACGUGCAAAAAUAAAAUCUGGUUAUAAUAAUCAAAUACAAUUGAAAUAUCCAUAUAGAGAUUCAAUUCAAUAUACACAUUAUCCUAUGUUAAAAUAUCUUUUAUAUGCUUUUGUACGUAGUAGUACUACAUCUAUACUUAAAUCAAUGGGAUAUGAAUGUCAAAUUAUUGAUCAUGUAGUGUUUUAUGUAAGAAAAUGUCCGAAACAAACAAGUUUACGACCGAUUUUAUUUCUUCAUGGUGUAAGUCUUGGUGCAAAUACUUAUAUUUCAUUUAUACGUCGCUUAACAUCUCUUGAUCGUACAAUAAUACUUCUCAAUAUUCCACAUGCAAGUAUGCAUCUGUAUACUGAAGAUUUUUCUAUGUCAACUAUUUUAUCAUCUAUUGAACAAUUACUUAUUUCACUUAAUGAACAAUAUAUAAUAAGUAUCAGUCAUAGCUAUGGUACCCUUAUUCAAUCAUGUAUUGUUAAACAAAUGCCACAUAGAGUUUAUGAUCAACCAGUUAUUUUCAUUGAUCCUGUUUGUUUUCUUAUAUUUGAUUCACACUAUAUAAAUAAUUUUGUUCAUCGUCAACCACAUACACCAAAUCAACUUUUAUUACAUACAGCUUGUACAGAAGAUCUUUAUUUAAGUUAUACUAUCGAACGUCAUCUAUGUUGGUAUGAAUGUAAUUUAUGGGUUGAAGAUAUAAAGCAAAGUCAAAUUCGAAUACAUGUAUUUUUUUCUGAAAAUGAUGAUAUUAUACCUGUUUCAUUUGUAGAAGAAUAUUUAAGAAAAUCUAAUAUUAAUACAACUAUUUUUUCUCAGUUUAAACAUGGCCAAUUUUUAAUAUCACCAAAAGUUCAAGAUGAUAUUUUGGAAACAUUACAUAAAUUAGAAGCGAAACCAAUGAUUGAUGAUGACGAGGAUGAAUCAGUUUAUUUUUAA